CCUCCUAAUCCCUUUGACCCAGUCAAACUCUUCCACGUCCUCACUCUCUUUUUAUCCGUUGCUGACUUUGGCGCCAUCGGCGAUGCACUCCACUACGACACUGCCGCCAUCCAAUCCGCCGUUGACGCGUGUAACUAUACACAUGCCACGUAACCUUCCGGCCAGGCAGGUACCUAACCGCUACCAUACGCUUCAGAUCUGGCGUCGUGUUGGAGAUUCAGAAGAACGCGACCGUCCUCGGGGGCACGAAAUUGGAGGACUACCCACCGGAGAUGGAGAGGUGGUAUGUGAUAUUGGCGGAGAACGCGACCGACGUGCAGGGUGGAGAACGUGAUAGGUUUUGAUGUUAAAAAUGUAAAUAUGUGGUGGUCUGAUGAUCAUAGAAGAAGGCAGUGGAAUAAUCCCCUGGAUUUCAGGCCUUCAACUGUAGAUGGCAUCUCAUUUAUUAAUUUUCAUUCAGAUUCGUACCAACAAUAAGAGAAGACCACCCAAGAACUCUGCUUAAAUUCUUCGACGAAUGUACUGCAGUCAAAUUCAUGAUUAUUUUCACGAAAUUUUUUUACCAGAAAAAGGUGUUGUAACCAUUGACAGCCUCCUGAAAUGACCAUGGACUGGAAAUUGUGUUUUCUGCUACAGCUUUGUUGGAAUUCCUUAGCCACUGAUAGAAUAUGAACAGAUGAUACCUGCGAAAGCAAUUGAACUCUAGGUUUUUUGACCUUUUUUUGUUGAUCUGGUCUUGGUACCUAGGCAAAACAUGAAUAUUAGAUUGAAAAUUCACAUUUCUAUACUUUCAUCUCUGUUCUAUGAAGCAUCAGAGAUCGAAUGGCACCGAUGCGUUAUAUGAUUUGCUCGAAAGGAACUUCCUUCCCUUGGUGCCUUGUUUUUUUUAAAGAAAGUCCCUUCAUGCCUUUUUCUUUUAAAAAAAUUCCCUUGAUGCUUUGUAUAUAAUGGAACCCCUGUGGGGAAAAAGAAACAGCCAAGUAAGAAUGCUCCGAGAACCCACUUUCUUUACCCAUAAAGCAAAAUAUGCAUUUUUUUCUACCCGUAGAAUAACUAUCUGCUCCGGCCCGCCAAACCCAACAUAUUUCAAAAGUCUAUGCUCUAACGGUCAAUUAAAGGAGGCCUUAUUCGAAAUGGCCAUUAAAGGCCAUGAAAUGAAGUUCCAUGGCUAUAAUGCGCUCUUAGACGAGUGCGUCAACAGAAGAGCCCUUAGACAUGGCCAAAGAGUCCAUGCCCACAUGAUCAAAACCCAUUAUCUCCCCUCUGUGUAUCUUCGAAAUAGGUUGAUUAUUUUCUAUUCGAAAUGUGAGUGCUUGGAUAAUGCACGUCAAGUGCUUGACGAAAUGCCUGAGAAAAAUGUAGUUUCUUGGACAGCUAUGAUUUCCGCUUUUUCUCAGGGAGGGUUGGCUUCGGAGUCUUUGAGUCUAUUUUUACAGAUGCUGAAGUCAGAAUCAGAACCUAACGAGUUCACCUUUGCAACUGUACUUACUUCUUGUCUGGAUGCUUCUGGGCUUGAAUUGGGAAGGCAAAUCCACUCUCUUAUAAUCAAGAAAAAUUUUGAUUCCCAUAUAUUUGUUGGGAGCUCACUUCUUGAUAUGUAUGCUAAAUCUGGUGAAAUCCAUGCAGCUCGUGGAGUUUUUGAAUGUUUGCCAGAAAGGGAUGUCGUCUCUUGCACUGCCAUUAUUUCUGGCUAUGCCCAGCUUAAUCUUGAUGAGGAAGCAAUAGAACUAUUUCGAAGGUUGCAAAGGGAAGGAAUGAGUUCAAAUUAUGUCACAUAUGUCAGUGUUUUGACUGCGUUAUCUGGUCUUGCUGCACUAAAAUAUGGGAAGCAAGUCCAUGGUCAUGUGCUUAGGUGCAAACUGCCCUUCUAUGUCAUUCUUCAGAACUCUCUGAUUGAUAUGUACUCAAAAUGCGGAAGCCUCACUUAUGCUAGAAGAACCUUUGAUAAUAUGCCUGAGAGAACUGUUAUCUCAUGGAAUGCAAUCCUUGUGGGGUAUAGUAAGCAUGGAAUGGCAAAAGAGGUGGUUGAGCUUUUCAAGUUGAUGAGAGAAGAAAAUAGGGUGAAGCCGGACAGCGUCACUUUUUUGGCUGUUUUAUCUGGCUGCAGCCAUGGAGGGAUGGAGGAUAGAGGGCUUGAAUUUUUUAAUGAGAUGAUGAGUGGAAAGGAUGGGUUUGAGCCAGAGACUGAGCAUUACGGGACUGUUGUUGAUUUGCUUGGGCGUGCUGGCCGAGUAGGUGAGGCUCUUGAGUUUAUCAAGAAGAUGCCUUUUAAACCACAUGCAGCUAUUUGGGGUUCCCUUUUAGGUGCUUGUAGGCUUCACUCAAAUCUUGAGAUUGGUGAAUUUGUAGGUCGUCGCCUUUUAGAAAUCGAGCCUGAGAAUGCUGGGAACUAUGUCAUUCUUUCCAAUUUAUAUGCUUCUGUAGGGAGAUGGGAAGAAGUGAAAACUGUUAGACAUUUAAUGAAGGAGAAGGCUGUGAUAAAGGAACCAGGAAGAAGCUGGGUUGAGGUUGACCAAACCCUCCAUACUUUUCACGCAAGUGAUCGCUCCCAUCCAAGAAGGGAAGAGGUGUUUGCAAAGGUCAGGAAAUUAUCUGCUAGGAUGAAGCAAGCUGGCUAUGUUCCUGAUUUAAGCUGUGUUUUACAUGAUGUGGACGAGGAGCAGAAGGAGAAGAUUCUCCUAGGCCACAGCGAGAAGUUGGCUUUGGCGUUUGGUCUAAUGGCUACACGCGACAGAGUACCAGUGCUUGUGAUUAAGAACCUUCGCAUUUGUGUUGAUUGCCACAAUUUUGCUAAAAGUGUGUCAAUGGUUUAUGGAAGAGAAGUGUCUUUGAGGGAUAAAAAUCGAUUCCAUCAUAUAGCUGGGGGAAUCUGUUCUUGUGGGGACUACUGGUGAAAUGUUAAUCCCUUUUGAAUAUCAGCACUGAAAACUCUGAGGGGUGGAGGAGAAUGUGACUCUGCGGAUGGCUGGAGAAGUCUAGCUUUUCGACUUUACCGUGAAACGGAUGGCACUGGGAUGAUCAAGGAAAGAUAAAAAAUAGAUAUAUAUUUUCACCUCGGAUGGGUAACUUUCUUGGAGAAAAACUUCCUGUUCAAUGUUAAGCCGUUGAGAAUGAUGAUGGGUUCUCAUUAAAGGCCAGAUAUGUGUUAUGGGAAAUACAUGAUAUGUACGAUGUCUUUUUGGUAGUAUUAUCGUAUAUAUUAUAUGAAUAUGAUUUAAGAUGAAAUAUCAACAACUUGAAUUUUUUUUCCUA